AAUAAUAUGUCAAGCUCUGAGAGUUCGGAGGACAUGGACAGAUGGCAUUCAAUAUUUGCGGCGGUGACGGACAGCGAGUUGCGGCUGUACGAAAGCGCCCCUUGGUCUGGGGAAGCGUGGAGGGCGCCCGCAGAGGCCUUCCCUCUAAUAGCCACCCGUCUAGUAGGUUCUGGCAAAAGGGCCGAACUGCCCGAGUUCAGCAUCCGAUGUGCCACAGCAGACGGAGUCAUCACGCACAGUUUAAGAGCGGAGACGCACCGAGACUUGGCAGGAUGGGCGAAGGCCCUCGUCAACGGCAGCCAUGCAAGUGCUGUUACCCAAAGGGAGCUGGUUUGCAGGUGCCUUUGGAAGGGGAGACCGUCGCAGCUGGUGAUCCACUACGAGAACGGAUUCACGCUUCUCGAAGGCGGAACGGGAUCCAGGACGUUGUGGAGGUAUCCUUUCGAUCGUCUUCGGAACUCUUCGGAUGAUGGGAAGAGGAUGCUCUUUUUGGAUUUCGGUGGAGAAGAAGCAGACAUCGAAUUGGACAUGGAAGGAUGCCCGAAACCAAUAGUCUUCAUCCUGCACAACUUUCUGUCCGCAAAGAUACAUCGACUCGGAUUGUACGCGUAGUCCGAAAACGACCCCUGAUUUUAAAAUGUUUACAAAAAAGAAACGAAGAUUGAAGGAGAGAAAAUUAAUAUAAAAAAAAAGAAAUAUGAGAAGAAUUGAAAAGAAGAGAAGAGAAAAGUAAAACCUGAUUUCGUCAAUUAGUAGUCUUAUUAAUUAGCAGGUGAAUUCCGUUGUGACUUGAUUUUCCUCUGCAAAAAACAAAA